UGCACGCUACAGUCAUUCUAAGGAGGAACUACUACUUGGGAGCGAAGGCAGACAUGUGUGGAAUCUUUGCCUACUUGAACUACCAUGUCCCACGGACUCGCCGUGAGAUCCUGGAGAUCCUGCUGAAAGGACUGCGGCGUCUGGAAUACCGAGGAUACGACUCGGCCGGUGUGGGUAUUGACGGAGGGAACAGCAAGGAAUGGGAGACCAAUUCCAGAACAAUCCAACUGAUCAAGCAGAAGGGCAAAGUGAAGGCCCUUGAUGAGGAGAUCCACAAGCAGCAGGACAUUGACCUGGAUGUGGAGUUUGAUGUUCACCUGGGCAUCGCCCACACCCGCUGGGCCACCCACGGCGCCCCCAGCCCUGUCAACAGCCAUCCACAGCGGUCCGACAAGUGCAACGAGUUCAUUGUUAUUCACAAUGGAAUCAUCACCAACUACAAAGACCUGAGGAAGUUCCUGGAGAGCAAAGGCUAUGAGUUUGAGUCUGAGACCGACACUGAGACCAUUGCCAAGCUAGUGAAGUACAUGUACGACAACCGGGAGGAUGAUGACAUCAGCUUUGCUACUCUGGUGGAGCAAGUCACCCAGCAGCUGGAAGGAGCCUUCGCCCUGGUUUUCAAGAGCGUCCAUUACCCAGGAGAGGCUGUGGGAACCAGGAGAGGCGGUCCCUUACUCAUUGGAGUGCGAAGUGACCAUAAGUUGUCUACCGACCACAUUCCUGUCCUGUACCGUUCGACCGGCAAGGACAAGAAGCCGUGCACCAGCAUGCCCCGUGCAGACCAGGACACCUGCCUCUUCCCUGUGGAUGAGAAGGCUGUGGAGUACUACUUUGCCUCUGAUGCCAGCGCUGUGAUCGAGCACACCAACCGCGUGAUCUUCCUGGAGGACGACGACGUUGCGGCGGUGUCCGACGGCCGUCUGUCCAUCCACCGGAUCAAGCGCACGGUCGGAGACCACCCCGCCCGCGCCAUCCAGACCCUGCAGAUGGAGCUGCAGCAGAUCAUGAAAGGAAACUACAGUUCCUUCAUGCAGAAGGAGAUCUUCGAGCAGCCUGAAUCUGUAGUCAACACCAUGAGGGGGAGGAUCAACUUUGACGAUAACACCGUGACACUGGGCGGACUGAAAGACCACAUUAAGGAGAUCCAGAGGUGUCGACGACUCAUCCUCAUCGCCUGCGGCACCAGCUACCAUGCUGGGGUGGCGACCCGGCAGGUGCUGGAGGAACUGACCGAGCUGCCCGUCAUGGUGGAGCUGGCCAGUGACUUCCUGGACCGGAACACGCCCGUUUUCCGUGACGAUGUCUGCUUCUUCAUCAGCCAAUCAGGUGAGACAGCGGACAGCCUUAUGGCCCUGAGGUACUGCAAGGAGAGGGGUGCCCUAACUGUGGGCAUCACCAACACGGUGGGCAGCUCCAUCUCCAGGGAGACAGACUGCGGGGUGCACAUCAACGCCGGGCCCGAGAUCGGAGUGGCCAGCACCAAGGCGUACACCAGUCAGUUUGUGGCCCUGAUCAUGUUUGCGCUGCUCAUGUGCGAUGACAGGAUCUCCAUGCAGCCACGACGCCGAGAAAUUAUCCAAGGUCUCAGAAUUCUGCCAGACCUGAUUAAGGAGGUGCUGAGCCUGGACGAUGAGAUCCAGAGGCUGGCAGCGGAGCUGUACCAGCAGAAGAGCGUGCUGAUCAUGGGCCGCGGGUACCACUACGCCACCUGCCUGGAGGGAGCCCUGAAAAUCAAGGAGAUCACGUACAUGCACUCAGAGGGCAUCCUCGCCGGGGAGCUGAAGCACGGUCCGCUGGCGUUGGUGGACAAGCUCAUGCCUGUCAUCAUGAUCAUCAUGAGAGACCACACCUACAUCAAGUGCCAGAACGCCCUGCAGCAGGUGGUGGCCCGGCAGGGCCGGCCCAUCGUGAUCUGCGACAGGGAUGACUACGAGACCAUCAAGAACUCAAGCCGCACCAUCGAGGUGCCGCACAGUGUGGACUGCCUGCAGGGUGUUCUGAGUGUCAUCCCCCUUCAGCUGCUGUCCUUCCACCUGGCUGUGCUGCGGGGCUACGAUGUGGAUUGUCCAAGGAACCUGGCCAAGUCUGUGACUGUGGAGUGAAGCCUCACCUCGAACCCGCACCCCAUCCUCUCCCAUCCUCUCUCCCCCCCCCCCCCCCCCCCCCAUGCUGUUUUGACCAACAUAUCUGCCGCUCUGCCCCAGGCGACUGCUCUCAUGCAAAUAUCAAGAAAAGAAGAAGAACACCUUCCUGUUUUAUAAGCGCCUUUUAUCAUGGCCAUUUUUAAUGCAAGCCUCAAUUUCCUAUUCUGCCUGGAUGUAUACUGUAAUAUCUCUCUUUCCAAACCCUGUAUCUGAAGGCAUUGUUGUAUUAUUUUGAUAGUUGUUUUUUCAUGUUUUUUUGUCAGUGGUGGUGAGUUAUGGGCUGGUUUUUGGGCUGGCAUUCCUGUGUUUUUGGGGGUUACUUGGCUCAGCAACACUCUUGGCGGCUUAUGAAGCGUGUAGCGAGUUUGGAGCUGCUUCCUAUGGUUGAUGCAUAUACCUAGUGGGGUGCAUGCUUGCUGGUAUGGGUGAGUUAGUUCCCACACUGGGCACCAUCUAUGCCUUUGAUGCAAAAGCAGAUAUGCUUUAGGAACAGCUGGGAGGUGAUGCGCCCACAAUGUCACAUUUUAUGCAGCUUUUCAUUGGUUACGCUAUAGACGCAUCAUGAAAACUCUCUUCAAAGUGCAUCCUGUUCGGUGCCUCAAAUAGUGUAGCAAUUUGUUUUGAGACUCUUUGCCGGUAUGGAAGGAUCUAUUGCAUAUCAGAAAGGCCAAUCCAGCAGAAUAUAAGAAGUUGGUCUAUUGUGCUGGUUCUGCUCAGUGUACCAGGUUAACCAUGGUCAUAAACUCUAUUGUAUGUUCACUUUUCUUUCACCAUCAGGGAAAGACUUGGUCUGCUGUCUUCAAAGACUUGUCUGUUACAGGUUGUCUGUGAAAAGUGAAGUGAUUUGGUCAUUUUAACAUGAUGCUCCGUUUGUUGAGCUUGGUCAAGGAGGUCUGGUCAUGAGAAGUUUAUUUUUUUUUUUUCAUCUGUAUUCUGUGCUUUUGCCUUUGUAUAUAUUUUAUAUACAUAUAUAUGUAUGUAUGUAUAUAUUUUAUAUAUACAAAAAUACUGCUUUCUCUUGAAUCAAACAGCUUGUCAGGAGAAGCGCAAUCCUAGUGUAGGCCAGCAUGCUCUGCAGUUCUGGAGCUUUCAGGAGAAGUAGAGUACAGUUUUACCUUCUUGGCUAAAAUCAAAACCGCAGUCAAAUUGAUAUUUUGUCAUAAUGUUGCAGAAUUCUGUGCUCAGCUAAAGUCCGAGGAGAACAUGGAUCCUUUUAAUGACACAUGUAGUGAUACCUCUGUACAGAAAUGCUUCCAGUGCCUAAUCAUGUCAUUGAUUUAUUAGUAGAAGAUAGAACAUAUGGAUCAUGAGUAUGUAUGUAAUGACUGGAACUAAAACUGGCUAGUUUAGGGGUUGUGGGGUUGUUGCUGUUACUGUGAUUACUGUGUGCACUAGUUAUUGUGUUUUAGAUGCACUGCUCAAUUGUUACUUCAUUUUGUGCAUUUGCUUCUUUAAUGUUACUUUGCCUUGCUUUAGUUUAGAGGGGUUCCCAUUUAUUAGGGUGGGGCCUCCAGUUUACAAAUGAAGUACCUUUAUGUUACUAGCUGGAGAACGGAAAGUGCCGGCAAAAAACUUGCCCAUGCCAUCACUUUUUCUUUUCCUUUUUUAUUGUGGGACCAUUACUUUUCAUUUUUGUGCCAGUUUUUCUUUAUUUUGUUUUUGGAGAAAUAGGGUGUCGUAGUGAUGGUGUGUGAUCUGAGUGCUUGUUAUUAGUUACGUGCAAGAUGGCCCCCAGCAUAGUCCUGUAUUGUAGCAAGGCAUUGGCUGGAUGAAAACCAAAAAUAAUGUUAGUUUAAGGUGUUCAGUUGUGUUAGGGGGUGUUAAAAGUUGCACCUAGAAAUGUGUAAGACACACACACAGUGGAAUGCUGUAAGUUUGUUACUCAAAGCAGCUGCUAUUUUGGGGGACAUUCAUUAAUGUUGUGAUAUCUGCAAGGCCCAGGAAAGUGUACCUUUUGCACUAAGGUCACAAGCAAAGCCACAUUGGUUUGCAUGUCAGGACCCCACUCUGUGACAAAUCAUUUACUGCAUCCAAAAAUGGGACUUCUUUUUAAAUCACUUUCUGUCAUGGGUUUUUUUUUUGCACGUGGUUGCAAAACACAAUAAAUGCUGUUGUAUUUAGAUGCAUCUUAAAAACAAAUUUGUUACUCCAGUGUGUGUAUAAUAUUUUCUGUGUGCAAAUCUGGGUGACCCUUGUGUGACCUUAGCACAAAGGAUAUUAAUUAGAUGUUGCAAUUAGUAGGGCAAGGCAUGCAGAACAUAGCCCUGCUGCUUCCAUGGAGCAGCCAAAAUGUGUGAAGAGUGCUUUGAAUGCUUUUUAACAUGAAGGCGGAAAGUCUUGUAGAACAUGAACACUUUGAUGUCUGUGUGGAUGUUAUCCAUGCUCAUGUAUACAUUUUAUUCUUGUACUUGCAGCUACCUGACUGCACGGUCAGAUUUACCUCAGUGACUGUGUCCCUAUUGAACACCGUUCUGUUUCCUGAUGGAGAGAACAUGGGGGCUGUAUUAUGAUUACAUCUAAUGCAAUAAAACUAGUUCCUUUCAUUUUCAGUACCUUAUGUACCUCCAACUCCAAGUUUAGGUCUGUCAGAAUUAAUGACUUUAAAGUAAAUGAGGUGAGCAUAACAUUCAUUCAAUAUUCAAAUUGAGCUUAAUUGGUAUUAAUUGAGAUUAAUUGGUACAUUUAUUAAUUUGCAGUUGGUUUUGCUUUUUGUUUUUCACCAGUACAUCUCUCCUAAAUAUUUAUUUUCACAACAUAUUUUGUAAAAUCCAAUCCUGAAAGCCUGCCUUAACUUCAGAGGAACUUCUCCAGAAACAUUCAAAAUUGCAUGGAAAGUGCAGUAGGAUGACAUAAUCUAUGACUUGCUAUGAAGUAAAUGAUUGUAAGUAUAAUAUUAAAGUAUGUUACAGGAA